GAUAAGUGUACCAUUUCAUUUAAUGAAAAUUUUCAUUUUUCUCCAUUUUCCACAUUUCAUUCAAUUUUCACAACUAUAUAUCUAGUAUUAGUUUGUGUUGUUAGUAAAAAAAAAAUGGAAGAAAAUAGAGUUAUAGAUAUAACAAGAAGUAGUUUUGAGGUGCAUAAAGUUGUGUCACCACCCCAUAGAAGUACUUUGUUGAAACUUAAAAAUAGGCUUAAAGAGACUUUUUUUCCUGAUGAUCCUUUAAGACAAUUUAAAGGACAAACCAUUAAAAAAAAACUGAUUCUUGGUGCUCAGUAUUUUUUUCCUAUACUUGAAUGGUGUCCUAAUUAUAGAUUUCACAUGUUUAAAUCUGAUAUCAUAUCUGGACUCACCAUUGCUAGUCUUGCAAUUCCUCAGGGGAUUAGCUAUGCUAAAUUGGCUAAUUUACCUCCAAUUAUUGGUCUUUAUUCGAGUUUUGUGCCUCCUCUUGUUUAUGCUGUGCUUGGAAGUUCAAGGGAUUUAGCUGUUGGACCAGUUUCAAUUGCAUCACUUGUAUUAGGAUCUAUGUUGAGUGAAGUUGUGUCUCCAACUAAAGAUCCACUCUUGUUCCUUCAACUUGCUUUUACAUCUACUUUUUUUGCUGGAUUAUUUCAAGCUUCUUUAGGUUUCUUAAGGCUUGGGUUUAUUAUUGAUUUUCUAUCAAAAGCAACAUUGAUUGGAUUUAUGGCUGGAGCUGCUAUUAUAGUGUCAUUACAACAACUCAAGGGUCUUCUUGGAAUCAUUAAUUUUACCAAACAAAUGGCAAUAAUCCCUGUUUUAAGUUCUGUUUUCCACACAAUUAAUGAGUGGUCAUGGCAAACUAUAUUAAUGGGAUUUUGCUUCUUGGUGUUCCUCUUAUUGACCAGACACAUCGGUAUGAGAAAGCCAAAGUUAUUUUGGGUGUCAGCAGGUGCCCCUCUUUUAUCUGUCAUUAUAUCUACCCUUAUUGUCAUUGCAAUCAAAGGUCAAAAUCAUGGCAUUAGCAUUAUUGGAAAAUUACAAGAAGGAUUGAAUCCUCCAUCAUGGAACAUGUUACAUUUUAGUGGAAGCUACUUGGGACUUGUAAUCAAAACUGGAAUUGUCACUGGCAUCCUUUCACUUACUGAAGGAAUUGCUGUGGGGAGGACUUUUGCUGCUUUAAAGAACUAUCAAGUGGAUGGAAACAAAGAGAUGAUUGCUAUAGGGCUUAUGAACAUUGUUGGUUCUUCUACUUCUUGUUAUGUCACAACCGGUUCAUUCUCGCGGUCAGCUGUGAAUCACAAUGCAGGAAGUAAAACAGCAGUGUCUAACAUAGUAAUGGCAGUGACAGUGAUGGUUACACUACUUUUCCUCAUGCCUCUAUUCCAAUACACUCCUAAUGUUGUACUCGGGGCCAUCAUCGUUACUGCUGUUAUUGGACUUAUCGACAUUCCUGCUGCUUUUCAAAUCUGGAAAAUCGAUAAAUUUGAUUUCCUAGUCUUGUUAUGUGCUUUCUUCGGUGUCAUAUUCGUUUCUGUUCAAGAUGGUCUUGCUAUUGCAAUUGGCAUAUCAAUGUUAAAGGUGUUAAUGCAAAUUACAAGGCCAAAAACAGUUAUGUUAGGGAACAUACCUGGUACUGGUAUUUAUAGAAAUGUUGAUCACUAUGAAGAAGCUUUGAGUGUUGCUGGUUUUCUCAUUUUAAGUAUUGAAGCUCCAAUCAACUUUGCUAAUGUUACUUAUCUUAAAGAAAGGAUUUCGAGAUGGAUACAAGACUACGAGGAGGAAGGAGCCAAGAAACAACCGGGGCUUAGAGUUGUAGUCCUCGAUUUGUCUCCUGUGAGUUCUAUUGAUACAAGUGGAAUCUCAUUGUUCAAGGAUUUAAGUAUGGCAUUGGAAAAGAAAGGACUUGAGUUUGUGUUGGUGAAUCCAAUAGGUGAAGUAAUGGAAAAACUACAAAGGGCUGAUGAAACCAAAGAUUUGAUGAGACCAGAUGUUCUUUUCUUAACAGUUGAAGAAGCUGUAGCUUCACUUUCUUCAACUGUUAAGUAUCAAAUACCAGAACAUGUUUGAUAUUUUUUUUCUUCUGUUGUUUAAGCUUUUGUAAUUCUAUUUGGUUCUAUCAAUCACCUUUUAGAUUUACUAUAAUACUUUUGAAUUGUAAAACCAAAAACAUUAGCUAAGAAAGCAUUAUUCAUAUCAAUACAAAUAAUUUGUUUAAACAA